AUGGGUGACGACCACGACCACGACUACGAGCGCAUUCGUGCCCGGACGGUGCUAGCGCCAACGAGAACCCUCUAUAUGGGCGUUGAGGGGAGAUGUUGGUGGAAACGUCGCUGCGGCCUUUUCGUGUGCUUACGAAGCAGCAUGAAUCAACGAAACACAUACGUGGACAACAGAGUAAGAGAGCUCGUUUGGUCAUGUUUCCUCCAUUGCAUGCACUUGUUUGAGGUUGAGAUGUAUAUUUACUAUAUCACUAUCAUACCUACUUCUACGUUUACAUGUGCGUAUCUGGACACUAUAGUAGUGUACCGUUCCAACCCCACAAUCCUUCACCCAUGCCACCAGCAUGCCCCAAAGCCGUUCACGCCAGACGUCCCUCGCCCCGCCAGCUCAUCGGUUCCGUGGGCUACGACCCUUGGGCAGGCCGGGGGGUUGCAGCGCUCGCGACGUGUCGGUCCAAUGAGGGCCUUGGAGCGCAGCGUUGGCCGCCAGACGCUAAUGCAGGAUGAGUUGUUCAACUGGUGCUGGCAUGGAUUUGCCUGGGGCCCGCCAAUCUGCCAGCCUGCAUUUCGUCGGCCCAAGCCUGUCUCUGCGCCUCCCCGUGCCACCCAAGCCGUUCCCCCGUCAAACUGGCCCGUUUCAAACAACCACAACUCGCCGGACCGCCCGCUCUGCAAGAAAAAUAAAGAAACCGCACGAACAGCUGCAAUGCCGGCGCUCGCAAUUGCUUUCCACCCUUCAUCCCCCGCCCUAUUCCCACACGCUGUCAGAACAAAACCCCGGCGUUCACGCGCCCCGGCGCACGAGGCUUUCGAGUCACGAGCAAACUCAACACAUGGACUAGUCACCAGAGACUACAAGAUUCCAUUCUACCGCUGCCACUCUCAGGUCACUCCCCAUGGAGCCGCACAAGGGAUCAAGCACGCGCAACAAACCCAUGUUCAAACCCGCUCUCCGAACCCCCCUCCUACAUCUUGUCCUCACUUCUUAACACCCACAACAUGGUCGCUCCAAUAUAAAACAAUCAAAAUCAUACAGGACGAAACAUGGCCUGCCGCCAUAAUACUAGUAAUAUAA